GGCUCAGGGCUCACUCCCUGUUUUCUCAGCUCCCUACCCCCAGGAAGGCCAGGCCGGGGGCGGGGCCCUGCCUUGCCAGGUGGUAAAUACUCUGUCCAGCGCCACCCCGGGUCUCUUGCUUGUCCCAAUCUUCCUGGUAGAGAGAGGUCUGACCACCAUCAACCAUGACAAGCUACACCAACAAAGGACCAAAGCCUGAGAGAGGCCGGUUCCUCCAUUUCCACUCGGUGACCUUCUGGGUUGGCAAUGCUAAGCAGGCUGCCUCCUUCUACUGCAACAAGAUGGGCUUCGAACCUCUGGCCUACAGGGGCCUAGAGACGGGCUCCCGGGAGGUGGUCAGCCACGUCAUCAAGCAAGGGAAAAUUGUGUUUGUUCUCUGCUCUGCUCUCAAUCCCUGGAACAAAGAGAUGGGCGACCACUUGGUGAAGCAUGGCGACGGGGUGAAGGACAUCGCAUUUGAGGUGGAAGACUGCGACCACAUUGUGCAGAAAGCCCGAGAACGGGGCGCCAAAAUUGUGCGGGAGCCAUGGGUGGAGCAGGACAAGUUUGGGAAGGUGAAGUUUGCCGUGCUGCAGACGUAUGGAGAUACCACACACACCCUGGUGGAGAAGAUCAACUACACCGGCCGUUUCUUACCUGGAUUCGAGGCCCCAACAUACAAGGACACCCUGCUUCCAAAACUACCCAGAUGUAACCUUGAGAUCAUUGACCACAUCGUAGGCAACCAACCUGACCAGGAAAUGCAGUCUGCCUCAGAAUGGUACCUGAAAAACCUGCAGUUCCACCGGUUCUGGUCCGUGGAUGACACACAGGUGCACACGGAGUACAGCUCUCUGCGCUCCAUCGUGGUGGCCAACUACGAGGAGUCCAUCAAAAUGCCCAUCAACGAGCCAGCCCCGGGCAAGAAGAAGUCUCAGAUCCAGGAAUAUGUGGACUAUAAUGGGGGUGCUGGGGUCCAGCACAUCGCUCUCAAGACAGAAGACAUCAUCACAACGAUCCGCCACUUGAGGGAGCGGGGCAUGGAGUUCUUGGCCGUCCCAUCUUCUUACUACAAACUGCUUCGGGAGAAUCUCAAGUCAGCCAAGAUCCAGGUGAAGGAGAGUAUGGACGUCCUGGAGGAGCUGAAAAUCCUAGUCGACUAUGACGAGAAAGGCUACCUCCUACAGAUCUUCACCAAGCCCAUGCAGGACCGGCCCACACUCUUCCUGGAAGUCAUCCAACGUCACAACCACCAGGGCUUUGGAGCGGGCAACUUCAACUCUCUGUUCAAGGCGUUCGAGGAGGAGCAAGCCCUACGAGGCAACCUCACUGACAUGGAGACCAACGGUGUGAGGUCUGGAAUGUAAGCCCCCUCCACGCAAAGUGCUGGACACACCCGUCAUCUCCAACUGGCUGAAAGGCUGAACCUCAGGGCUCCACCCACGUCAUGGCCACACCCCUUCUAUUGCAAGGGUCCGCCUUGCCCGAUUCCUCCUUGCUGAGUAAAGCUACCCUCCCAAGGGCCAA